UCCAGACGCACCUGUGGGUUCCAGGGAGGCAGACUGACUGACUUCUUCUUUUCUGUCCAACAUCCAAGUUCGUUUCUUUUUUUUUUUUUUUUUUUGGAGCUGAGCACGGCGCCCUGGAAUAAUGGCAGCAGCCUCCACCGCCUCGGGACAAGGCUCCUCCAAGAUAACUCCCGAAGUCCUGCGGGAGAUGCUCCAGUACUACAACCUGAGCCGCCAGGAGUUCAUCAGCACCUACAACAUCCAGCCGCUCGUCUACAUCCCCGAGCUACCCUACAGCGCCAAGACCACCUUCGUGAUCAUGUACGUGGUGAUUUUCGUCCUGGCACUGGCUGGAAACAGUCUGGUCAUCUACAUAGUUGUGAAGAAACGGGCGAUACAGACGGCCACCGAUAUUUUCAUCUGUUCUCUGGCGGUCAGCGACUUGCUCAUCACUUUCUUCUGCAUACCUUUCACUCUGCUGCAGAACAUCUCCUCUGAAUGGUUCGGGGGGGUUCUGGUGUGCAAGACUGUUCCAUUUGUACAGACGACAGCCAUAGUGACUUGCAUCCUCACAAUGACUUGCAUUGCCAUUGAGAGAUACCAGGGCAUUGUGUUCCCACUGAAAAUGAGGCGGCAGUACUCGUCCAUAAGAGCGUACAAGAUGUUAGGGCUCGUAUGGAUUGCCUCGGUGAUAGUGGGAUCACCAAUGCUAUUUGUGCAACGGCUAGAGGUGAAGUAUGACUUCCUGUACGAUCACUACCACGUUUGCUGCCAGGAGAGUUGGAGAUCUCUGACCUACAGGCAGGCCUACACCACCUUCAUCAUGGUGGCUCUUUUCCUGCUUCCCUUGGCAGCCAUGUUGUUCCUGUACACGCGCAUUGGCAUUGAGUUGUGGAUCAGAAAGAGGGUGGGCGAUGCUUCUGUCCUCAACACUAUGAACCACAGAGAGAUUGGCAAGAUCUCAAGGAAAAAGAAAAGAGCUGUUAAAAUGAUGGUCACCAUUGUCCUGCUUUUUACCAUUUGCUGGGCGCCAUUCCACACCGUCCACAUGCUGUUUGAAUAUCACGAUCUUGAAAAGAAAUACGACGGCGUUACCCUCAACACGAUCAUCGCCAUUGUUCAGGCCAUCGGGUUCUUCAACAGCUUCAACAAUCCCAUCGUGUACGCGUUCAUGAACGAGAACUUCAAGAAGAGCUGCGUGUCCACCCUCUCCCACUGUAUCCGCAAGCCCAGCCAGCAGGGGGCCGCCCCGCCGGCGCCCAGACUGAGCGUGCAGUUCAUCAAGCCCCAGAGCCGAGAGGCCUUCCUCAAACCCGCCGACGGUAACAGCUCAGAGCAGCGCCCAGCAGAGAAGGGCGCUCUAGGCUCGUCGCAUGCCGAGAGCUCCCUGGAGAUAAUCGGAGAGAAAAUCUCUACCAUACAAACAGAGCUCCCCGCACACAGCUCCUCUCAAGUCAAAUGA